AUGACUAUUGAGGGGAUGCAGAUGUGGUUAGCUAAAUGGUCUCCUGAUUGGAGACCGGAGAUCGAUAGCCCGAUAGUUCCAGUUUGGGUUCUCUUACCAGAACUCCCUUUUCACUGUCACGCUUCGUUCUAUAUUAGGCAAAUCCUUAACCCAAUUGGUAUACCAAUUGGAAUGGACAAUGUCGCUGGAGGUAGAACUCGACCCGGUAUGGCAAAGGUAAGAGUUGAGAUAGACCUCACUAAACCUAGAAUUCACAAACUUUGGAUUGGAGUUGAAGAGGAAAAUAGCCCUUUAAAAGGCUUCUACCAGAAACUUGAGUAUGAAACCAUGCCUAAAUAUUGCACCCAUUGCAGUUUAUUGGGACAUGCUAUUGAUGAAUGCAGAGUUUUGGCAAGAAAGAAAAAACUAGAAGAGGAAAAUCAAUUAGCUGCCAAAAGAAAGGACAAUAAUAACAAGAAUAAGGAGGGUAAAACGGAAGACAAAAAUAGCAACCAAGGAAUUGCCAGCACAAAGAAAGACCAUACCAAACAUCCUGAUAAUUUUGACACUGUCAAUGAGCAAAGAGGUGGAAAGGCUCUUACUGUUGAGAAAGGACAGACUAGUGGGUCUAUGAUAGAUCAGGGAAAAAACAAGAAGAGUAAGAAUCAAGGCCAGACAGUGCAUAAAUAUGUAGGGAACAGCAAUUUCCGUGCUACUACUAUGGAACCAAGAAUCACUGCUGAUGCUGAGAUACCAGUGGCUACUGAAGCUAUUGAGACCAAUGAAGACAAGAUAACAAGAAAAACCAAUGAAGUCACUCAUGAGGAACAGGGCAAAAUCGCUAAGAAAAAAGCUAAGAACAAAAAAAGGAAACUGUAUAGGAAAAGCAGCCUCAUGAAGGUCAAGAAUAUGAUUUUGACCAAAUAUCCUCCAAAACAUGCUACAGAUGGAACCAAUACUGCUACAAGAGGAGACAAAAGACAUGACAAACACCCCUAA